AUGAUUAAUCAGAAAGUAAUGUCUGUUGGUAGAUUCCAAAUCUAUCGUUUAAAAAUGUUUGGGCUGUACAUCGGGUUGAUUUUGUAUUGUUUGUUAUUACUAUUGCAGGAUGUUCGUGGGGGUUGUGAGACUGGUAUGAGUACUCAGAAGAGUUUGCCAACCUCGGAUGAGAUGCGCAUAACUCUCGAAAGGAUUGGGUUUGGCUUUGUCACUACUGGUGAUGAUGAUGCUUAUGAUUAUAUCUAUAAUUGUGCCAGUAAUUCACCUCGCGUCAUCACGGUUACACACUAUAACCCUACCCAAUUACAGGAACCAGCCUCAGACACGAGCCCUAUCCCAUCCUCGAAUCUAACAGACCCAACAUUGCGUAAUGUACCUAGUUAUGUAAUAGAGUAUUCAGGUCUGGAUUUCCAUUUUGAAAUGCCCAACUACUCUGGCCCAACUAUGAUUAAUAGAGUUUUGGAAGAAUUAAGAAAGAUUGCCACGAUUCGUGUGCCCGCAUGCUGUGUUUCUUAUUCACUACUCGAUCCCAAGUAUCAUUGGGAAAACCUGCGAAUUCUAUCUCGAAUUGUUAACCUGUUAGAUUGUAGUGAAUUGGAUAUUUCUUUCAACCCUGGACGGAGCAAGAAAGUGCAUAAACCCCAACCAGACCGAUCUAUUUGCCUACUAGAAGCCCAAAAUGCUGUUGCCCACGCCAAGUAUAAUUCAGUGUGCAACAUUCAAUUUUCAACUUCAAAGAAUAACAGUCUUUUGAAAUUCCUAGAUAGUGGCAUAGUUUUGCUGCGAGAGAUCGCAAGUAUCUCUGUAGAGGAAGAUGAGUUCCAAAGUAGCUCUCGCAUUGCCGAGCUGCCCUUACAAGAAGGCUACACUAUCUCUUUUGUUUGGCUGCCUAUGCAAGUUGAUUUGGAUCUUAGCUUCCUUCAUACGUCUCCUAGAUGCGAUCUAAUCAUUAUCCGAUUUGCUAAAGCAUUUGAAAGAAUUACCUUGACCGGUCUUGAAAAGGCCAUUGCUAGACAGCCAACGCUAUCUUUGAAAGCCGGUUCGGAUGUGCUUCGCUAUCUAAGCAAGCCCUGCCAGCCUCUAAUUCACGUUCAUACUAUUUUAGGUUUUGAUGCCAUCCCGUCUACGGUCCAACUAAUGCGCGAACUUCCUCAAGAACAAACAAUUCCCGAACCUCGCAUUAUUGCAACCCAGGCCAACGUUUUUAUUCCCACUUACCAGCCCUGCAGUUAUUUAGAAUACUACAAGGAUUUAUUCUCCUCGGAGGCCUUUGCUCAACUCGGCAUAUCUGUAGACUGGGUUUAUCUUGAUUAUAGGCCCGGCCGGGACGACUUGCGCCAAACGCUAAAGUUCUUUCAGAAUCUCAACGUCUUAUCAGAAAUACCUGUAGGGGUUAGGGAUAAACAUGUUGUAUGUUGUGGUGACAAACUCGACAAUCCCUGGUGGAGCAUUCAAACCCCGAUUUGCAUCCAGCUCGACCAUCCCCAAUUGGAUAAUGAGAUUAUGCUCUACAGAUCCCAACGCUACAUGUGCUUCUGCCAGUACAUACGCUACCAAAUCAUCAGUAUUAAGGGUGAUAUAAAUCCAUCCACUGACCAGGUUCUAGCGUGUAUCAAUCUUCUAUCUCUAUUCCAUAACAUUGCCGCCGUUGCACUUGAAAUAUCGAAUGUUCGUGGCCAGAGUCAAGAUGCCACCAGCUUUGACUUGCAUGCCUUCCAAGAAAGAGUAGAUAGUGCGCCCAAACAGCAUCUCAAUGCCAAAACCGUGGUACUAGACAAUGUCGAUACAGAGAUUCUAUACUGGAUAUUGGGACAGUACAUUUUUGCCGAGUUAAUCGAAAUAUAUGUUGUGAACCAGCGGUUUGCUAAUCUUGGCAUUGCCCUCUUCUUGUCUCUUCCUGCGGCCCAGCCGAUCGGCCUGCUCGUGAUUAAUGACUUCCUUGAUUUAAAUGAAGUCAAAUACUACGAGCAGCCAGAUCAAUUCGAGGGAUUCUCGUUAUUCAAAUCCGCCGAUUCGGAAAAUCCAGAGCAUGAUCCUCAGAGCCUACGCAAGUUGUCUUUGCACCUGGAAGAUGCCAGCUUUACUUCGCAUCGAGCCAUCAUAAGCAAACUGCUAAGCUAUGGUGUUCUGCUCCAACAUAUGACAUUCGAAGAAUAUAUCACAUGGGAAACGACAAACCCCAAUGCUGACCCAACAAUGUUAGACAAGAAAGAGUUUGCACUCGACCACAUCACGCUAAAUGACUUAACAAGUGAUUUAAACAACUGUUUGGCCAGAAACGCGGGUCUAUCAUCUCUAAGUCGAACUCCAGUUCGUAAAAGUUCCGUUGAGAGACUAUUUUUGUUAUUCGAUGACCCGUUUUUGUUAGAUGAAUGCCACCUAUUAACUAUCAUUCGCUGGUUAGCCUGUCGGUUUACGAACGUAAAGGCUCUGCGGAUAUCAAAUGCUAUAUGGACUCAGAGGGAAAUUGAUUUGAUUACUUCGCACAACUAUUUAUUUGCUGGACUAGAGCUGCUCAGUAGUAUUCAACUAAAGCCUUCGGAUUCAGAUGAGGGGCCUAUCGAAUUGCUAACCAAGCCAUAUCGCCUUAGCUUAGUGAAACACGUUACUAGUCCCAAACAUGCUUUGUUUGGGCUGCCUUCUAAAAUGAUAUCUCAACUUGUUGCCCACUCUAACGAGCUUGGCAAUUUCCUUUCUCAGCGCAUUGACCUUAAUGCGCCUCUUCGAAAGGUUAUAAGCGAUCUUCAAGAAAGCGGCACCCAGAUUAGUUGCAUGAUUUGUAGUAACAGCCUUUAUGUGCUAGCAACACAAGAAGACAGGCCUGCCGACCGGGAAGCUGCUCAUCCGUUCGAUCCUGAUCAGCAUUUCACCACGGUUUGCUAUCUUAAGUGUGGCCACUCAUUCUGCAAUGAUUGUGUGGUUCGAUUUAAGGAGAACCUGGACAACCGUUGUUCAUUUUGUCGCGUGCCAAUCGUAUAUAGUGAUGCCCAUCGGCUUAUCAGUGCUCCUCUAUCUAGCUUUUUAUUUACCCCGAACAACGUCUAUUCAUCGUUUAUUGAUAGCGAACAGCUUAGAAGCAUGACCUGGUGCGAUGGAAAUGUCUAUCUAUACGUCGCCUAUAAGGAUACAACUGAUAUCUUUACCAAGUUCAAUGAAGACAUAAUCUAUGAUCGCAAUAAUCCAAUUUAUGUCAUUUGA